AUGAAAAAUUGAUUAGGUUUAAUUUUCCUUUUACUUUUUUUGGGAAUAAUUAACGUAAUGAGAAUUCCGAGAGAGAAUAAUGUAAAAUUAAAGAGAACCGCUCUAGAAUGAUCUUUAGCAACCUUGACUGCCACUUUAAUUUUAUGGGCGGCCUUUGAUUUGGAGGGCCAAUUUCAAACCAUAAAUCAAACAGAGUGGAUAGUCCCCCCGGCUUUAAAUUUUAAAUGGGGCCCCCUUUUUUUAGCUGUUGACGGAAUUUCUUUAUUUUUUUUAAUUUUAACUGCGCUAUUAAUCCCAAUAUGUAUUUUGAUUAGUUGAAACUCAAUAAGAUUUUUAUUAAAAGAAUUUUUAUUAUGUCUUUUAUUUUUAGAGGUUUUACUAAUGGGAGUUUUUUCAGCGCUGGACCUGUUAUUGUUUUAUAUAUUAUUUGAAGGAAUAUUAAUCCCCAUGUUCCUUUUGAUCGGGGUGUGAGGUUCGAGAGAAGAAAAAGUACGAGCUUCUUAUUAUUUUUUUUUUUACACUUUUGUUGGGUCAGUCUUUAUGCUUUUGGGGAUAUUUCAACUAUACAGUAGUGUGGGUACAACCGACUAUCAGGCCCUGUUAAACAUAGAAUUGCCCAUUUCCACUCAAAAAUGGAUUUUUGCCGGGUUUUUCUUAAGUUUGGCAGUUAAAAUCCCUCAGGUCCCAUUCCAUAUUUGAUUACCCCAAGCCCAUGUGGAGGCCCCAGUUUCAGGCUCGGUUAUUUUAGCCGGAAUACUAUUAAAGUUAGGGGGGUAUGGGUAUUUAAGGUUUACUUGGCCAAUUCUACCGGCGGCCACCGAAUAUUUUGCCCCCUUUAUUAUUAUGUUAAGUGUUAUAGCAAUAAUUUAUGGAAGCUUAACAACUUGCCGUCAAGUUGACUUAAAAAGACUUAUUGCUUAUUCUUCGGUGGCACACAUGGGGCUGGUAACUUUAGGCUUAUUUACUCAUACAAUUGAAGGAUUAGUAGCGGCUGUCUUUAUGAUGUUGGCGCACGGCCUUGUGAGCUCAGCCCUUUUUAUUGCUGUUACUUAUUUAUAUGAGCGCCACCACACCCGCCUUAUAAAGUACUAUCGCGGAGUAACUUUUUCCAUGCCCAUCUUUGUUAGUGUAUUUUUGGUUUUGACACUAACCAACAUGGCUUUCCCGCUUAGUUGUAACUUUGUUGGAGAAUUUUUUUCGUUGCUGGCUGCUUUUGAGUAUAAUUUAGUGAUUGGUGUAUUAGCUGCCACCGGGAUGGUUUGGUCGGCUGCAUAUUCUCUUUAUUUGUAUAAUCGUGUUAGCUUUGGGGCUGCCUCAAACUAUCUUCUUUUUACAAGAGAUUUAAACAGGCGUGAGCUUUUAGCCAUAUCUCCUUUGGUAAUACUAAUUUUCAUUCUAGGAAUUUUGCCCUCUCUAAUCAUCGACCCUAUUAAAAAUGCUAUAAUGUUUAUCCCUGGGGGAGCCUAA